AUGAACAAUUCCUCGGAUCUGAUUCCUCCGAAAUGGCCUCUCAAAGCCUUUUACGGAAUGUCGAUUGUCUCGUUUCCUCUGUAUUUUACUGUUUUUGUGUGUCUUUUACGUCUUCGAUGUCUUUCAAAAGCAUACAGCACAACAUUCUACUCAAUAUUAUUACAACAUUGUAUCGCUGAUCUUCUAGCCAUGUUCCUAUUCUUCUUUACCAAUUCCGUUCGCACGGUACCCGGAAUUCGCGAGUUUUACUUUGAGUACCAAAGUUAUUAUCUCGCAGCUUCGAGCUAUAACCACAUCUACUACUUCCUCUACAUUCGAUGCACCGGAAUUGUCUUUCUGUCUCUUCAACGGUAUCUCGUUAUAACAUGUCCUAAUUCUAUUAUCACUCAUAAAGUUCAGCAUGCAUCGAAACUGAAAAUAAUUUUAGUUUAUUGGAUAACACCGACCUUAAUCAGUUUGGUGGUUUUAACCGAUACGAACUUCCAGUAUGAUAAGUUGGAGACUAUGGCAAUUAUAGCCGAGCAAUCAGUGAUUAAGAGAAAUACGUUGAUGGCUCUGAUCGUUGUUGGAUUGACGUGUAUCUUCUGUUCCCUGGCAUACGGUGCACUUUUCUAUUAUGUCAGAAAACACACAUCUGGAAUGUCAAAAAAUCUCCGCAGAGAACUUCAUCUGGCGUUCCAAGUUUUUGUUCUUCUCUUGGCUUUUUUUGCGAUUCUUGCUUACUAUGGUUUUCAGAACUACUUCUCGCAAAUCUCAAAUACGGGACCUGGAAUUUUUUACAUGCGUGCUUUGUACCCUGUUGCUAAUGGAUUGCUCUCCUAUAUCAAUCCUUAUUGCAUCUUGAUUUUGAAUAGGGAUCUAGCUCGGCAAGUAUAUCGAACAGUGACUUGUCAUAAGUACAAAGUUAGCGAAGUUCAAGUCUCCGUCAACGCAUCUCAAUCCACAAAACAUUCGGUGACCAGUAGAAAAGAGGGAUCACGGAGAGGUGAAGGAGGAGCAAAUCAAAGAGUUAUCUUUGCUUGA